AUGUAUGAUGAACACACAUUUCUUACUAAAAUUGCACGUGAUCCAAAAUUUUCAAUGGAGUUCUUGGAUGAUUUAAGUCUGGCUGGUGGUGUUAGUCGAGCGUGUAUAAAAAAUACUCGUGUCAUGGAUGAAAUUAUUAAACAAUUUCACACUUAUCUGUUUGGUGAUGAAUUAGAACAAUUAAAUAAAUCAGUAUAUGAUUGUUUAAUUGAUAAAUUAAAGGUACGAUCAACAACCACAAACAUCGUUAAUGUAUUUGAUUAUUUUGGUGAGAUGAUGUUUUAUGCAGCGGCAACAACACUUUUUGGUAAAACAUUUGUUGAACAACAGCCAGGUUUAUAUCAAUCAUAUUUAGAAUUCAACCAUGCAUUGGGUAUAAUACUAAUGAAAAUACCAAUGCAAUCGUUUUUCUUAUAUCCAGUCAUUAAGAAACGUAAUGAAUACAUAAAGCGUUUUGAAAAUUUGAAAAUCAAUGAUGAACAAUCAAAAAUAGUUCAAGCUCGUAUUGAAUUUUUUGCAAGUGAUGAAAAUAAAGAUGUUUUUUCGAAACAGGAUACAUCCGCAUCGCACGGCCUUCUCCUGUGGGCAGCCGUGGUAAAUACUGUAACAAAUUCUAUUUGGGCAUUAGUUGAUCUACUUAUACAUCCUGAAGCAAUAUCAGCUGUUAAACAAGAACUUAAAACAAUUGAUAUAAAUCAACUAUAUGAACGAGAAACAUUGAAUAAACUUCAAAUAUUAGAUAGUUGUAUUAAUGAAACAUUGAGACGAACAGUAUUAUCGAUGUCAACAAGAGAAGCAACAGAAAAUAUAACAAUUACAGAUAGUGAUGGAACAUUAAUUGGAUUAAGAAAACAUGAUAUUCUUGCAUAUCCAUCAUUAGUCAAACAUUAUGAUUCUGAUUUAUUUCCUCAACCAUAUACAUUUCAAUAUAAUCGAUUUGUUAAAGAACAACAUCAACAAAAUGGAAAAAAAAUACCAUCAACAAUAGUAUUUGGUUGUGGUAAGAGAAUGUGUCCUGGACGAUAUUGGGCAGUGAAUGAAAUAAAAAUGUUACUGGCACUUGUAAUUACUAAUAUGAAUAUUGAAUUAUUAAUGGAUGAAUCUUAUCGAAAAAAAUUAUGUGAAAGAUUAGAAUAUCAAUACACUGGAGUACUAUCCAACGGUGGUCCAAUUAAACAACAUCAUGAUCAAUUUAAAAUCAAAUAUUCUUGCAGAAAUAUCGAUGUUAACUAA